UCACACUUUGACUCAAAGUAGCAGUUUGACACUUCCCACCCAAGACAAAUAUAAAAAUGGUGAAAAGAAAAGGAAAUCCACAAAGAGCUUCUGAAGAGAAACAAAGAUGUUUGACUUGGAACAUGGACACACUUGGUGCAAGAGAUCAGGGAGGGUCCAUGUCUAUUAUAAAUGAUGAUGACCCAUGUCUCUUACAUGAAGUUCAACAAUCGGGUACUAACUCCUCAAAAGAAAAACAGAGAAAGGAGCCUGAUCAACACAUUUAUCACUUUUCACAGGAAUUGAUGCAUGACAUGUUUAAUUUAAUUUUGAAGGAAUGUAUAAUGUAUGUGCCAGUUUUAAGCUGCAGGAAACCUGAGCAUGAUGGAGGGAAGUAUUUUGAAAUUGGGACAUUUAAAAUAAAAAUUACAAAUGAGAGUUUCACUCCACCUGUACCAUCCCAGUUACCUGAGUGCAGAGAGUAUUGGCUGUAUGUCCACAAAAGCCAUGGACAGGAUUUGGAAAAUAGGGUUCAUAAUAUGCUGUAUUUUGAAACUUGUGAAGCAGAUGAAAAUGAACCAAAGGAGAAAUUUCAAAGAUUAUUCUGGUGUGCUGAAUUGGAUCUACCUUUACAGGUGUUAAAAUCUUUAAGCGAGUGUAAGUUUCUCCAGUGUGUUGGCCAUUAUGACAAUAUAGAAGCCGUCUUACAUGUGACUGUGUUUGGGUCAGAGAGGUUGAUAAGCAGACCAGCAUUUGCCAGUGAACCAGUCAAGUCCAAAGUAACUAGCACAGUUCUAAAGAAUGUCAUUGGAUAUUUCUUCUCCUUGAAACCACCAGACUUCUCCCAUCUUCCAUGUGUUAGGAACCAUGACAUAGAACAUCUGUAUGCUGUGGUGAAACAGAGGCAUGAUGACACAGAGUUAAAGAUCAGUGUGGACGUACAACAUGAUUGGCUGAGACCUGUGCUCAGACCGUACCAGGUCAGAGGGGUCAAGUGGAUGUUACAGAAGGAACGUUAUGGUUGUCUGGAAGAGAACAAAAAUGAAGAUAAAUUCUCCCUCCAUCCCCUUUACCAUGUGAUAGAAACAAAAGACAAACAGACGCUAUACUAUAAUAUGCUUGGCGGAAGCCUUCUGAGAAAUCGACCAGUGUCUAUAACAGCACCCCCUGGAGGGCUUUUAGCAGAUGAAAUGGGUUUGGGGAAAACUGUGGAAGUACUAGCAUGUAUCAUCCUCCACCCACGAAAGAAUGUGGAUCCACCCCAAAGAAUUACUACAUUGUCAGAAUAUCAAAAAAGUGAGAGGUUUGAAAGUUCAGAUGUUGAAUUCACUUUGGAGGGUGUGAGGAAGGUGGAAGAAGAAUUACUGGACAGUGAUAGAGGUCAUGAUAAAGGUCAUGAUAAUGGUUGUGAUAAUGGUCAACUUAAUUCUUUAGACCAUUCAAGUACAAGUCAAAGUUUAGACAAAAAAGAUGAUGUUCUGGAUGCUGAUGUAGGAGACCUCUGUAAUUCAGAGCUAUCAGAUACAACCCAAGAUGUGGGCACAUAUUUAGGAAAACUUGGUGAUUUGCCUACCCAACCACUCAACAGUGAAUCCCAUUCCAUGGACAAAGAAAUAAAUAGUCCAGGGGUGAGUGGAUCUGUGGACAAACAAACUGCUAACAAUAGUGGGUCCAUGGGUACACAGAUAACUAAGAACAGUGGAUCUAUAGAUACACAAAUAACUAACAACAGUGGAUCUAUAGAAACACAAAUAUCUAACAACACAGACAGUUCUGAGAAAAUCCCUGUAUCAAGUGAAUCCAGCCAUAACAAUGACCUCCUCCACUCAAACAAUUCUGUUCCGCAAACUGCCAUAGAAUCAGAUUGCUCCAAUAGAGAUGAAAGUGGGGGUUUUAAAAAAGAUCAUUGUAUGGAUGUAGAGGUACAUAUGGAUGUAGAUCUUGUGAAUAGUGUAGACUCAGGUUUAAAGGGAAGUGGAGAUGUGGAAAAGUGUGCAGAUGAUACUGAUAUUGUGAAAAUUUUACCUGGAGAUGAAUUAGGACAUCUUGAAGAAGUAAGGAUACAUGAUCAUCCUUACAUGGAAAAUUCUCAAUCUCUCAAUAACAGUAAAGAACAAGUCCCUCUGCAAACUCAACAAAAUCCACAACUGAAAUCAACAACAAAAUCAAAAAGGUCCAAAUCAAAGAGACAAAGUAAAGGCAGGGAGAAACCUCCAAAAGAGAAGACUCCAGUCAGACAGAAAAGUAUGAACAGGUUUGUAGAACUGGUUCCUGAGGACCAGUUCCGCAGUAAGAACAUUUUCGACCACACAGAGUCUUUGGCUCCUAGAAACUUCUUUGAGUGUAUCUGUGGUACAGCCAAUGACUCAAGGAAGGUCAAUAGGUCGCGAACCCAGCUACACAGGGUUCAGUGUGUGACUUGUGGUCUAUAUCAGCAUGCAGAGUGUGUGGGUUAUGACCUUCAGGAUCCAUUUAGGGGGCAGUACAGAUGUCCUCACUGCCUUGUCUUAGCAGAGCCAAUUAAAUCAGGAGCCACCUUAAUAAUCUCCCCAGCAGCAAUAAGUCAUCAGUGGACAGAGGAGAUCCAGAAACACAUCAAAAGAGAAUCCCUCAAAGUCUUUGUAUACAAUGGUGUUAACAAGCAGAGGUUUAUCCAACCGAUGAUGUUAGCAAGACAGGAUAUUGUAAUCACGUCAUACGAAACCCUCCGCAGUGAGAUCAACUAUGUAGACCUACCUCACAGUAAUAGUGAGAAUGGAAGAAAGUUCCGACAUCCCAAACGCUUCAUGGCCACACCUAGUCCUAUCACUGCUGUAGAGUGGUGGAGGAUAUGUCUGGAUGAAGCUCAGAUGGUGGAGUGUACUACAACCAAGACAGCUGAAAUGGCUCUGCGACUGAGUGCUGUAAAUAGGUGGUGUGUAACAGGCACGCCAAUACAGAAAAGUAUUGAAGAUCUUUAUGGCCUGCUGUUGUUCUUAGGGGUGGAUCCAUACUGGGUCAAGCAGUGGUGGACCAAACUACUGUAUGAACCUUUCUGUUAUGGGAAGAAGGAAGCCAUGAUUGAUCUGGUCUCCAAGGUGAUGUGGAGGACGGCGAAACAUGACGUCCUUAAUCAGAUCAACAUUCCUAAGCAGACGGAGCAUGUUCAUUGGCUGACAUUUUCUCCUGUGGAGGACCAUUUCUACAGACGACAAUAUACCAUCAGCAUCCGCGACUCCAUGAAGAAGCUAGAUAAGUGGAGAGACCCCACUGUAAAGCUUAGUAGCCUGGAUAGAGCCACUGCUAAUCAGUUGCUGGGUCCCCUGCUCAGACUUCGUCAGGCUUGUUGUCAUCCUCAGGCAGUUAAAGGAGAAUUCCUGCCUCUCCAUCUCAGACGAAGUGCAAUGACGAUGGAGGAAUUGUUAGAGUCCCUCACCAAGAAGACGAGGACAGAGUGCGAGGAGAGUCAUCGAUUGUUGAUUGCAGCUUUUAAUGGUCUGGCUGGUUGGUACAUCAUUAAUGAACAGUUUGUUGAUGCUGUUGAGAUGUAUAGGGAGGUCCUGAGGUCAGUUGUGGAACACAAAGAUCGUUUCCGUACCGACGACCUCCAACAACUUCAUGCCAUGUACAACCUUGAUGAGAUGUUGCAGUCCAAACCUGAAGGGGUCCAGCCAACACUCAGAGAUGGACAGCUCAAAGAACAGAUGGAGGAACUAAAAGUGAAAUACUUGACAAAGUCCAGAACUGUAGUCCACUCUGUAAAUGACCAGCUGGCCCCAGUUACACAGAGUCUUCAGGACCUGCAGAGGGAGUUCAUGGAGGGUCAGGAAUGGUGGCUAGAGGUGAUCCAGUUAGCAGCUCAGAGAGACAUUGAUGACAGAUUGAUUGACCAUGUGAAAAAUGACCUUAGUAACCAACAGACUAGUGUACUGUCAAUCUCGAUGGCAGGGGCAUUUCACAAUGUAUAUGGACUGGAGCUGGUGAUGCAGCAGAGAAUGAUGGCCCUGGAAUCAGCCUAUGAGAAACUAAAGCAGGCCCUGAACAAGGUCACAGGAGAACCCUCACAGGAUCUCAUCAACGAGACAGUGGAGUGUUGUCUUAGGCCUGUAGAGGGCGUUAAAAGCAGUUGUUCCUUCUGUAAAAUCCACCUCCUGUUCGAAGAUUAUGAAGCCAAACUGUUUUCAUUUCAAGAGAGAGCCUUUGCCUUGGCUGAGGACACCACGGAAGUCUCGUCGGGAUCUCGUCGUCAGGGUACCUGGGCAGACAGUGAGAUGGAGAAAGCACUCAAGAGUGUACUCAGCUUUGCCAGGAGUCAUGCAAUGGACAGGGAUCUUGUUCAUUAUGGACAGACACACAUUGAAAUCAUGGACAAACUAAAAAAGGAAUUCAAAUUACUGCGAGUGUUGUGGAUUGAGUGUAAGGCUCAUGUUUCCUCCUUUGAUGAACUGAGUAUGGCUACAACCAGACUGAGACUGAGAUUACCAGACGAACCAAAACCAGACAACAACCAGCUCAACAUUCUAGAACCCUCUGAGCUGGAUCAACACAAAUUAAAGCUGUUGUCAGAGAAGACAAUCAGUGAGAAUGAACUCAGAAAAAAAUUAGGACAACUCCUGUAUCUACAGAACCUGGCCAAGGCACAGCUCAGCAAUGAGAUGGGAGAAAAUCCUGACCUUUGCCCUAUUUGUCAAAAAGAGCUCGGGAAAGAGUGGUGUGUUUUACAUUGUGGUCACUGUUACUGCUUAGACUGUAUUAGAGUUUUGUGCGAACAGUACAGUUUUGGGGGGCGUAACCGUCUAGUUAAAUGUGCAGUCUGCCGGGAGAAAACAUACCACAGUGAUAUCUCUUACGUCAGCACCGUCAAAUCAGAUGAGGAUAAAGAUGUAGAGACAAGGGUACAGGGAAGUCACUCCACCAAGAUUGUUGGGAUUAUUAGAUGUCUGAAGCAGAUAAAGAGAGAAGACCCUGGUGCUAAAGUUCUUCUGUUUUCCUCUUGGACAGACAUUUUGAACAUCCUGGUACAAGCAUUGGAGGAAAAUGAAAUAACCUUUAAAACAUUGUUUUCUGGUAGUAAAUUUCAGAAAAAUUUGGCUGCCUUCAAGUCAGAUGAGAACAUAACAGUGUUGCUUCUUCCCAUUCAUUCUGGUGCAAACGGACUGAAUCUGAUAGAGGCUACGUACGUUCUACUGGUGGAACCGGUGCUGAAUCCGGCGCAGGAGCUGCAGGCAAUCGGACGAGUACACAGAAUCGGGCAGACCAGACCAACUGAAGUCCACAGAUUUGUGAUCCGAGGGACGAUAGAGGAGAAAAUGUACAAAAUGUUAAAAUCAGCAGAGGCCACCGCCUCCAGUCAUGAUACGGAGGAAAACUGUCUCACUGUGGGGGAUCUAACUUCUCUCCUGAAAGAGGAGCGGGAGGAGGAUCCAGGAGAAAAUUCUCAGACUAUAUGAUACCAUAUAAGUGGAAUUUUUAGCAAAAUGCAUAUUUAGCGACUUAUUUCAAUAAAUCGGUAUAUAUUUUUAGUGAAAAAUAAUUUUUAGUGAUUUUAUAAUGUAAAGAAAGACAUCUAUAACAACCAAUACGGAAUAAAUUGUUAGCGAUGUUCCAUUUUGACGAUCUCAAACCCUCACUAAUAAUGCCAAAAUUGGAUCCUCACUAAAAAUUCUGCUUAUACUGUAUGUCAGAUUAUUGUAAUAUAUCUCUCUUCUCUUUGUAAAGUAACAACAGUGAUUAGGAAUUUUCAGUAUAAAGUAUCUUACUUUUACAUGAGCCAGCUAUCAUCUAGAACAAGAACAAAAACAAUAUGAGAUUGUUGUAGUUAAAGAAAAUCAUCAAGUAGAUGAGGUGACAUGAGAUUAAAGCUAACAUGUGCAUGU